CUCCGCGCUUUGUCUGUCUCCUCGAAAAUUUGCUUCCGUCGGCUUCUUGACAAUGGAAACGUUGAAAUGCUCUAUCAACUCAUACACCAUCCAUUGCAAGCUUCGAGAUGGCUAAUUCGACCGUCAGGGGCGCUUUGUCAGUCCACGGAGGGAACCCUCAGUUCUUAAUUGAAAAGGUCAUUCGAGCGAGGAUCUACGAUAGCUUGUACUGGAAAGAGCACUGCUUUGCCCUCACAGCCGAAUCAAUCAUUGACAAAGCCUUGGAAUGCAAAGCCAUUGGAGGAGUACAUGAUCGUCAGACCCCCACAGCCUUCAUGUGUCUCACUCUCAAACUGUUACAAUUGCAGCCAGAAAAGGAGAUCUUGAUCGAAUAUCUAUUAGCAGAGGAGUUCAAAUACUUACGAGCCCUUGCCGCCUUCUACAUUCGUCUCACGUUUCGGAGCAUGGACAUCUACGAGCUUCUGGAGCCUCUCAUGAAGGAUUUUAGAAAGCUGAGAGUGCACCAUGUCGGCGGCUACUCCCUUACAUAUUUUGACGAGUUUAUCGAUGACCUCUUGACGAAAGAACGAGUCUGCGACAUCAUAUUACCCCGAUUGACACAGAGAUCCGUAUUGGAAGAGACAGAGGGUCUCCCACCACGUAAAUCGCUUCUGGUGAGCUACUCCUUGUGGUCCAAGCCUCGAGAAAAGAUGGCAGAACUCUGAUCAUGGACUCAGGAUGAAGAAGAUCAGCGACCCAAGCGAGAAUUGUCCCGCACUCCAUCUCGUACGCCUGAAUCUAGAGAAUCUUCUCCAGAUUUACGGAGGACUCGUCGGCGUUCCGGUUCUGUGUCCUCUAUGGAUUCAGACGAUGGAAGAUUUGUUUCUCGAUCGCCUUCCCGUAGCCGUAGUGGAAGUUUGUCUUUCGACGGAGAAGAAGGCGAUACGCGAGGCAGAUACGUCAGUAGGAGCCCAAGUAUAUCUCCCGACAGGAUAUUAGAGGCCAUGGGAGAAGAGAGAUUAGAUGGAGACGUUUGAAGAGGGACAAGCUGUCUCGCGAGAUUCGCCACAUUGUUGUUUUAUACCACA